GUAUUAUUAAGUUAGUUUUGUAAACAUUGUUUGGGGCUAGAAGAGAGUAGGCGAUUUCAAAAUUCAAAAAAAGUCUAAAUUGAAAAAUUGGUAUACACUCCCACUCUCACCCUUCCUCUUUCUUUAGUACCCUUUUGCUCCUUUUUCCGCCAUUGUUGAUUCAAUGAAGUUCGCGGAAAUGGAAUUGUUAGCGGCAAGUGCAGGUGACACCGUUAAGCUUUUCGAUCUCUCCGUUACGUCAGGCGAUCCUUGCACUCUCAGUUAUACUCCAUCGCCGGGUUUUCAAGUUAAUUCCGUCAAAUGGAACCAUACCAAUUUGGUAAUUGCAAGUGCUGGUGAUGACAAAAAGAUAACCUUGUGGCAAAAAAAUGGGCAGAGUAUGGGGACUAUUCCUCUUACAGGCUCUGAAUCCGGGGACAAUGUUGAGGAGGCUAUAUCAUCCAUAAACUUCAGCAACAAAAGCUCUAGAUACUUGUGUUCUGGAGGAAGUGGUAAAGUUGUGAGGAUAUGGGACUUACAAAGGAAGCGUUGUAUCAAAUGGUUGAGAGGUCACACUGGCUCAAUAUCGAGUGCAAUGUAUAAUUGCAAGGAUGAGCACUUGGCCUCCGUUAGUUUGGAUGGGAAUCUUAUUGUUCACAACCUUGUCUCUGGUGCUAAAGCUACUGAAUUGAAGGAUCCUCAUGGACAGGUGUUAAGAGUUCUUGAUUAUUCAUGGGUUAGCCGCUCUCUCUUGGCUACAGCUGGUGACGACGGCUCUGUGCAUUUGUGGGAUGCAACUGCUAAAAGUCAAAGUCCAAAGGUCUCUUGGUUAAAGCAGCAUUCAGCACCAACUGCUGGGCUUAGCUUCUCUCCUUCAAAUGAUAAGGUAAUUGCUACUGUUGGUCUCGAUAAAAAGCUGUAUACUUUCGACUCAGGUGUGAAACGGUCCCUGUUUUGCACUUCUUAUGAAGCCCCCUUUUCUUCAUUGGCUUUUAGAGAAGAUGGCUUGAUAUUGGCUGCUGGAACAAGCAAUGGCCGUGUGGUAUUUUAUGACGUACGUGGAAAGCCUCAACCUUUCACCGUUCUUCGUGCUUAUGGAAGUUCUGAGGCUGUCACAAGUUUAUGCUGGCAAAGAUCAAAAUCUAUAGCUGUCAAUGAGAAAAAUUGUUCAGCCGAUGUUGCUCUAUUAGGGGGAGCUGUUGAGGAUUCAGUUUUAAUGCCUGACCCACUUCCUUCAGCAACAUUAUCCAAUGUUUCACAAACAGCUUUGUCUGGUCCACGGCGCUCGACCUCUGCUGUCGAAUCAACCUUCGCUGCAAUUGGUGCUGGAUCAUCAACAAACAAUAGUUUGUCAUCUUUAGAGGAAACGCCUCAUAGAAGUUCAUUGUGGACAGGUGGAUCUUUGCCAAGAUUGCAUCCAACUCGUAUUAUGAAUUUCAAGGAUGACAUGGAGGUUUUCUCCCCACUAGUGGAUGUUCAGCCUAUUACGCCUUCACGUGAUAAGCUAUGGCAUGACCCUGAUGGUUCCAGAAAAGAUCUGCUUGGAGAUAGAAAAUCUUCUCCAACAUUUCCCAAUCGGAAGUUUCCACUCUCAGAAAAUGUCACUGAUAAACAUUCUAUAUUUGACUGGAAACCUGAUUCAGCUUCUAAACAGGAUGACAUCCAUACAGCGGUUUUAGGUUCCACUCCUAUUGCUUCUUCCAGAAGUGACGAUUCUUCAUCUAUUACUCCUCCAGAAGCUUGGGGUGGUGAGAGACUAUCAGAUAAAUUAGCUCAUGCUCGUCAGCUGGUAUCCCAGUCCACACGUUUCAGUAUACCAACAACAUCUAGCAGUACUUCGACUUCAAUGUUCAGUGGAUUGCAAGAUAUAUCAUCUGGCCAAGAAAAUUCACCUGGAACGUUUGGACAUGUUCCCUUUAGUGCAUUUUCUCGGAAUCUUGGCUCAAAAAUUGUCCCUGGCCAGGCAAAUUCUGAAGCUAUUGGAUCGUCAUAUUUGAAUCCACCUAGAAAAUUUACCUAUGCUGAGAGAAUAAGCACAUCUGCGGCAUUAGGUUCUCCUAAAACGAAGAAAACCGGAUCUGAAACAAGAGAAGAACUUCAAAAUAGUUUAUUGGCCAGAUCUGAUACUACACAUGCUGUUGAAUCAGGAUUGCCGCCGUCAGUUAAUGGAGCACCAAAUAUACACCCGAGAACGCCUCAGGCUGACUUGCAUCAGGGAUCCUCUAACUUCACCCUUCAAUUGUUUCAACAUACACUUCAAGAAACUCUAUUGUCUUUCCAAAAAUCAAUUCAUGAAGACAUAAGGAACCUCCACAUUGAAAUCUUAAGACAAUUUCAUAUGCAGGAGACAGAAAUGUCGGGUUUUAUGAAUUCGGUAACAGAUAGACUAGAUUCACUUACGCGAGAAGUUCAGGAUUUGAAGAAAGAACAUGAAAAGCUUCGCCAAUUGCUUUGAAAAUUUGUUUUUAUUAUUUUCGGGUGGUGUGUGAGGGUGUAUAUAUGCAUCAUCGAGCAAGUCGUUUCAGUUAAGACAUAUUUUUUUGUUUUAGUGUUUGUGCUUAGCUUACCAGGAAAUUGUGAUUUAUAUAGCUAGAGAAAGUGAGUUGCCAGCAUUUGUGUAGACGGUUUGAAUCGGGUGAAAAAUAUUAUGAUCCUCUUUUGGUCUUCAAUGAAGCUAUUUGGCCUUGAAUUGAGCAAUCAA